GGUCCCACCCCUUCUUCCAUUUUAUCCAGCAUCUCAUAGGGUAGGAAAAUUGUUUUAUUUAGUUUUUUAUAAACAUAUCUAUUUUUCCAUUGAGCCAAAUAUUUAAAUAUAUAGUUCAUCGAUCAUGGAGUUUAUACAAAAUGUAUACCGAUUUAAUUUUUACACGUAAAAAGAAUUAACAAGUCGAUCUGAUGUAUUUGAAUUUAAGCAUGAAUGCUUUAACACUCUGCGUUGCUAUUUUCUUGACAACUGUAAAAGCGACGAAUCCAACUUAUUUCAAUGUUGGAGGAGUACUUAGUAACAAUGCAAGUAAUAUACAUUUCCAGGAAACCAUAGCUCAUUUGAAUUUUGAUAGCCAGUAUGUACCCCGAGGUGUAACGUACUAUGCAACAGCCAUUUUAAUAGAUGCCAAUCCUAUCAGAACAGCUAUUAAUGUCUGCAAGUCUUUAAUUGCCAAUAGAGUUUAUGCUGUGGUUGUUUCUCAUCCGUUAACAGGAGACCUAUCACCUGCUGCAGUCUCAUAUACAAGUGGUUUUUAUCACAUUCCUGUAAUUGGAAUAUCUUCAAGGGAUUCUGCAUUUUCUGAUAAAAAUAUCCAUGUUUCUUUCUUGAGAACAGUACCUCCUUAUUCUCACCAAGCGGACGUCUGGGUCGAGCUGCUCAAGCAUUUCAACUACAUGAAAAUAAUAUUUAUACACAGCUCCGACACCGAUGGAAGGGCGAUACUAGGCAGAUUCCAGACAACUUCCCAAAGCCACGAGGACGACGCUGAAAUUAAAGUUCAAGUUGAGUCCGUCAUUGAGUUUGAGCCUGGAGUGGACAAUUUCACAUCGCAUUUGUUGGAAAUGAAAUACGCUCAAGCCCGCGUUUAUCUCCUUUAUGCUAGCAAAAGAGAUGCCAAGACUAUAUUCAGGGACGCAGCUUUUCUGAACAUGACAGAAGGAGGAUAUGUAUGGAUUGUGACUGAGCAAGUUCUUGAAACGAGCAAUGUACCAGUCGGCACACUCGGACUCAAACUUGUACACGCUACAAAUGAAAAAGCUCAUAUUCAGGACAGCAUUUAUGUCCUUGCAUCAGCCUUAAGGGACAUGAAUCAAACGAGGAAUAUAACUGAGGCACCGAAAGACUGUGAUAACUCAGGGUCAAUUUGGGAAACUGGGAAAACUUUAUUUGAGUUUAUAAGAAAACAGGUAUUACUGACAGGAGCAACAGGAAAAGUUGCAUUUGAUGACAACGGAGAUAGAAUUAAUGCUGAAUAUGAUGUUGUCAAUGUGCAAGCCCCUAAUAGACAUAUUUCUGUUGGCCACUAUCUUUAUAACAGUGAACAAGACAGGAUGAGGUUGAAAAUCAACGAUAACAACAUAGUUUGGCCGGGAAGAGUGAGGAGCAAGCCCGAGGGAUUUAUCCUGCCUACACAUUUGAAGGUGUUGACCAUCGAGGAAAAGCCGUUUGUUUACGUCCGACCUUUAAAGCCAGAUGAAGCUGCUUGCGCAUCUGAUGAAAUACUGUGUCCACAUUUUAAUAUUACCAAUCACGACGACAGCCAAAUGUACUGUUGCAAAGGAUUUUGUAUGGAUAUGCUGAAAGAGCUGGCUCGUACGAUCAAUUUUACAUUUGAUCUUGCAUUAUCCCCCGAUGGCCAGUUUGGCAACUAUUUGAUCAAAAAUAGCUCCGGUGGUAAGAAAGAAUGGACAGGUCUCAUAGGAGAGUUGGUUUAUGAAAGAGCAGAUAUGAUUGUAGCACCUCUUACCAUUAAUCCAGAAAGAGCAGAAUUCAUUGAAUUCAGUAAGCCGUUUAAAUACCAAGGAAUAACCAUACUAGAGAAAAAGCCAUCUCGGUCAUCAACUUUAGUGUCAUUUUUGCAACCAUUUUCAAACACACUUUGGAUUCUUGUAAUGGUUUCUGUCCAUGUUGUUGCAUUGGUGUUAUACUUGCUUGACAGAUUUUCCCCCUUUGGGCGAUUUAAACUGGCAAAUACGGAUGGGACGGAAGAAGACGCCCUUAAUCUUUCAAGCGCAAUAUGGUUUGCCUGGGGUGUACUUUUAAACAGUGGGAUUGGCGAAGGCACACCCAGGAGUUUUUCAGCUCGUGUACUCGGAAUGGUUUGGGCCGGUUUCGCUAUGAUCAUUGUCGCGUCAUACACUGCCAACCUUGCUGCCUUCCUUGUUUUGGAACGACCCAAGACUAAACUAUCUGGCAUCAACGAUGCUCGAUUACGGAACACAAUGGAAAAUUUAACAUGUGCAACUGUGAAAGGUUCUGCAGUUGAUAUGUACUUUAGAAGGCAAGUAGAACUGUCAAAUAUGUACAGGACGAUGGAAGCAAAUAACUAUAACACUGCCGAAGAAGCAAUACAUGAUGUUAAAAUUGGAAAGCUGAUGGCUUUUAUCUGGGAUAGCUCUCGGCUUGAUUUCGAGGCUGCACAAGAUUGUGAAUUAGUCACAGCAGGAGAGUUGUUUGGAAGAAGUGGAUAUGGUAUCGGCCUUCAGAAAGGAUCUCCGUGGGCUGAUGCUGUGACUCUAGCUAUAUUAGACUUUCAUGAAAGUGGAUUUAUGGAGAGUUUAGAUAAUAAAUGGAUUCUACAGGGAAAUCUUCAACAGUGCGAGCAAUACGAAAAAACUCCUAAUACACUCGGACUCAAAAAUAUGGCAGGUGUAUUUAUUUUAGUAGGGGUCGGUAUAUUAGGCGGAAUCGGUCUUAUUAUUAUAGAAAUGGCAUAUAAGAAACACCAAAUUCGAAAACAGAAACGAAUGGAACUAGCCAGACACGCUGCGGACAAAUGGAGAGGUGUGAUUGAGAAGCGAAAGACAUUACGAGCCUCUAUGGCUGCUCAGCGAAGGUUAAAGGCAAAUGGCAUUAAUGAAACUGGAGUUAGCCUUUCUGUCGAAGCACUACCUCGAGGUGUACUCGAUCUACCCAGCCCUGUCAGAGCCUGGCCAGGCGCCUGCCCCGUCAGACAGAGAUCACCAUCCGACAAUUUAUCCCAUAUGCCAGCCUAAGAAGAAUUAUUAAAAGAACCAAAGAGUAGUUUUCAUAGCGAGAAAAUGUCUUAGCUGAUAUAAUAAAAUACAAAAUACAAAAAUAACUAGGAAUAGAAACCAAUUGGAAAAUGUUUGUAAAUAUGAUUACUAUUUUUUAUGACAGGGGCAAUCGAUCAAACACAUAUUUCAAAUGGUAGUUAAAUUGUUGGACAUAUUAUGUGUAGAGUAGAUCUGAAUGGUUAUCAGUUUAUCACUAAAUGAAAGUUUAAAUUUGUUAUAAAAAUAUAAUAUUUCUUUUUAUAAAU